AGAACCAAAGUUUGGUUUUUGUACUUAGCAGUCGCUUUGAUCUUUAUCAUCACAACCACCUGCCAAGCUUUUGCCCUACACACGGCGAUAAUGAAGAAUCUUAGUGUUUUCUUCUUCGCUCUCCUCCUCCUCGCUUCCCCUCUCCUUCAAGUCGCUAGGUGUCAGUCAGAUUCUGAUGUGGAAGUCACAGACGCUGCUGAAGAAGUCAGUGAUCUUGGGAUUGUUGGUGAGGAUGCUCAGGAUUUUGGUGAUGGGACUUUUAGCCCGGCUCCUGGAGUAGAGACUGUUUGUGUUUUCCCCAAAAACAGUGCCCGUGUGGUGCCAGCUGGGGAAGAGGCUGAACUACUUGUUGGAAUUAAGAAUGAUGGGGAGUCGAGCAUAAAUAUCAUUGCAGUUAAGGCCAGUGUUCACCUUCCUUUUGAUCAUCGUCUGCUGGUUCAGAAUCUCACUGCUCAGGCCUUCAACAAUGCAACUGUUCCUCCCUCAACACAGGCGACUUUCCUACGUUUUGCUGUCAGCAAGUACUUGCAGCCUGGCAACUUUGAUCUUGUAGGAUCCAUUAUUUAUGAGAUAGACCAGCAAGGAUAUCAAAGCACCUUCUACAAUGGUACUAUUGAAGUUGUUGAGUCUGGUGGCUUCCUCAGCAUCGAGUCAGUUUUUCUGGUUACCCUUGGAAUUGCCCUUCUUGUACUCUUUGGUUUGUGGAUUCAUGGUCAAGUACAAAACCUUUCCAAGAAAACAAAGAGGGCUCCAAAGGUGGAAGUUGGAACUGGGACUAGGGAUGCCUCAAUGGAUGAGUGGCUUCAGGGAACUGCAUACACCCAGUCAUUGUCCAGCAAAUCUAAGAAGAAGAAGUAGAUGGUUUCAAGGCUUUUAUUAAGCCUGCACAAGGCACUGCACAGACUUGUAACUCAAGCUAGGCGAUUGGAUACCCUAUGAGAGCCCAUAAGUUAAAUUAGUUCUUCCAGAGGAAUAUUUGACUGUUGUAGCAUGUGAAAGAAAUUUUCUAAUUUUGUUUUUUCUUCGAGAAUUUUGGAAGUUGAGCCUCUUUCGAGAAGACUAACUCCCAUUUGAGGUAGAAAAGAUCUAAUUUUCUUGAACCUAGUUAAUUUCCUUUUGUUG